AAAAAAAAUUAAAUUGUCAGUUUGAUUUCGAAAGCCGGCUGCUAAACAACGAAACAGCUCAGGAAAGAGUUAAGAAAACACCAAGGAAAUAAAACAUCUAACAGUACAAAGUGCACACGUUUAUUUCUGAACAAUAAUAAAUUAAAUUGACAAUUUUAUUAAAGUGUUAAAACUCUUCAAAUCAAAACAACACCAUCAUGUCUUAUCACAAGCCAGAAGCUAAAGCUGUUCAAGAAUUGAAAGAUAUUGCCCAUCGUUUGCGUAUCCAUUCUAUAACCUCCACGCAAGCCUCCAAAUCUGGCCAUCCUACAUCAUGUGCCUCUAUUGCCGAAAUUAUGUCGGUAUUGUUCUUCAAUACCAUGCGUUUGAAUUUGAAAUUCCCUCGUGAUCCCUCUAGCGAUCGUUUCGUUUUGUCUAAGGGUCAUGCUGCUCCCAUUUUAUAUGCUGCCUGGGCUGAAGCUGGUCUUUUCCCCGUUGAGGAAUUGCAAAAGUUACGUAAAAUUGAUUCCGAUUUGGAAGGCCAUCCCACACCCCGUUUGAAUUUCAUUGAUGUUGGUACUGGCUCUUUGGGUCAAGGUGUUGCUGUUGCCGCCGGUAUGGCUUAUGUUGGCAAGAAUUUCGAUAAGGCCGAUUACAGAACUUACGUUUUGGUCGGUGAUGGUGAAUCUGCUGAAGGUUCGAUCUGGGAAUCUCUACAUUUCGCUGGAUACUACAAAUUGGACAAUUUGUGUGUGAUCUUCGAUGUCAAUCGUUUGGGUCAAUCUGAACCUACCUCAUUGCAACAUCAAAUGGAUGUUUACCGCAAACGUUUGGAAGCUUUCGGUUUUAAUGCUUUAGUUGUUGAUGGUCAUGAUGUUGAAGAAUUGUGCAAGGCUUUCCAUGAGGCUGCCAAUACUAAAAAUCAACCUACUGCCAUUAUUGCUAAGACUUAUAAGGGUAAAUUCUUCCCUAACAUUGAAGAUUUGGAAAAUUGGCACGGCAAACCCUUGGGCGAUAAGGCCAAUGAAGUCAUCAAGCACUUGCAAGGUCUAAUGAUCGAUUCUAGCCCUCGACCAGCCGCUUUGGCUCCUCAAACUCCCACUAAGAGCAAGCCCGCUCCUGCUGUUGAUAUUACCAACGUACAAUUGUCUUCGCCACCAGCCUACAAGUUGGGUGAACAAGUUGCCACCCGUUUGGCCUAUGGUAAUGCUUUGGCUAAGUUGGCUCAAAACAAUGAUCGUGUUAUUGCCUUGGAUGGUGAUACCAAGAACUCUACCUUCUCUGAGAAAUUGAAGAAGGCCUUCCCUGAACGUUAUAUUGAAUGUUUCAUUGCUGAACAGAAUUUGGUGGGUGUUGCCAUUGGUGCCGCUUGCCGUGAUCGUACUAUUGCUUUCGCCUCUACCUUUGCCACAUUCUUUACACGUGCUUUCGAUCAAAUUCGUAUGGGCGCUAUUUCUCAAACCAAUGUCAAUUUCGCUGGUUCUCACUGUGGUGUCAGUAUUGGUGAAGAUGGUCCCUCUCAGAUGGGUUUGGAAGAUGUUGCCAUGUUCCGUACCAUUCCCGGCAGUACUGUAUUCUAUCCUUCUGAUGCUGUCAGUUGUGAACGUGCCGUUGAAUUGGCUGCCAACAAAAAGGGUGUUUGUUUCAUUCGUACCUCUCGUCCCAACACUGCCGUAUUGUACGACAACAAUGAACCCUUCGUUAUUGGCAAAGGCAAGGUUGUUAAGCAAUCGGCUAAUGAUCAUGUUUUGUUGAUUGGCGCUGGUAUUACUUUGUACGAAUGUUUGAAUGCUGCUGCUGAAUUGGAAAAGGCCGGCAUUAAUGCUCGUGUCAUUGAUCCAUUCACUGUUAAGCCUUUGGAUGUUGAUUUGAUUGUUGAAAAUGGUCGUGCCUGUGGUGGCCGUAUUGUUGUCGUAGAAGAUCAUUACCAACAAGGUGGUUUGGGUGAAGCUGUCCUCUCAGCUUUGGCUGAUAAACGUGACUUUGUGGUCAAACAUUUGUUUGUACCCACAGUGCCCCGCUCUGGUCCACCCACUGUUCUCAUUGAUAUGUUCGGCAUUUCUGCUCGUCAUGUAGUUGCUGCUGCCACUGAAAUUCAAAAAUUGUAAAUUUAACAACAUUUUAUAUAUAUAGUACUACAUACCAUGUAACCAUUAAUCGAGCACUUUAAUCCAGGAAAGCUGAAUAGAUGCAUUCUACAUAUUUGUUAGCAUUUAUCCAUAAAAAAGCAUACAUACAUACUUUAUAAGCGUUGUGUAUGCAUACGCUCUGUAGUUGUUUCUCCUUAUCUUUUUUAUAUUACUUCUACUUUAUUAUUUUAUGGAAUAUUAUUUCGUUAGUAAUUUAAGUAAAUAACUGGGCAUUAUUUAUGGUAGAGUUUAACUAUUCCUAACAAAAGCAUUCGUUGUCAUACCUAUUAAGAUUUCAUUCCCUGUACUUUUUUGCACAAUCAACAAACAAAGAAACUCAAAAAUUAAUUAUCAAAAAAGACAAUAGUAAAUAAUUGUUUAAAGAGGCUAAUUUUUGUCUCAAGCAUUAUUAACUUUGUAAAGAUUACAAAAAUACAAUAGAAAUUUUAAAUAGUUUUUAUACAUUUUUUUUCAAAGUGAUUGAAAUAAACCUAAUGAUACUACUCUAUAAUAUUAAUGUUAAAAAAA